AUGGCGCCAAAUUUGAUCCUGUCCAAGAGCGAGUCGACAGACGCUGGGGAGGUGGCGCUCACGCUGACUGAAUUUUAUUGUCCGCGACAGCGUUCCUGGUUCGGGAGGAAAACCUCAAGCCUCUUCUCUGGACGACUAGCGAGGAUCUGCCGAGGUGGGGGCGGGAUGGUGAUGAGUUUGACUACCUACUCGAUCCUGGUGCUCGUCCUCGUUCUCGCGGUCUGCGUGGAGCUCGGUGACGCCGCCACCGCCGUCGACGCGUACCGGCUGAUCCAGUACGAUCUCGAUGGCGCACCCUACGGAUCUCGGCUGGCGGCCCUGAAUCAUUUUGCCGGAGUGGCUCCCUUUGCUUCCGGUGUCGAUCUCUCACGCACCGCCGUCAUCCUGCCUCUCCGGGAUCUCAAUUUCACCCUUCUCCACGAGUUCAUAACCGGGAAGCAGCAAUUAGGAGGAUUGCUAUUUUUGCUUCCUCAAGACACUGAUAACGCGAGAAAAGAUACAGGGCCAAUAAGAACCAUAUUGUCUAAGCUGGAACAUUUGCUCAUUCAUGCCAACCUACCCUAUCCAGUUUACUUUGCUCACGAGGAUGACAAGAUAAAUGAGGUGCUACCUGAUGUUCAACGAGGUGAUGGUACAGGUCAACCUGCUUCAGCAACCACUGGAGGCUUCAAGUUGGUUGUGUCAACGUCAGAACCUAAAAAACUAUCAUCUCCAACAAUCACAAACAUUCAGGGGUGGUUGCCAGGCCUAAAAGGAGAUGGUACUUCACAACUCCCAACUAUUGCGGUGGUUGCUUCCUAUGAUACUUUUGGGGCUGCUCCUGAACUUUCCGUAGGAAGUGACAGCAAUGGAAGUGGAGUGGUAGUUCUUUUGGAGAUUGCAAGACUAUUUUCACGACUAUAUUCAAAUCCAAAUACUCGCGGUAGAUAUAACCUUCUUUUUGGUUUGACAUCAGGGGGACCUUAUAACUACGAUGGAACCAUGAAGUGGCUUAGGAAUUUUGAUCAACGUAUACGUGAGAGCAUUGAAUUUGCUAUUUGCUUGAAUAGUGUUGGCUCUUGGGACAAUGAGCUAUGGCUUCAUGUCUCCAAGCCUCCAGAGAAUGUGUAUAUAAGACAAGUUUAUGAGAGUCUAGCAGAUGUUGCAAAGGAGCUUGAUGUUACAAUUGGCAUAAAGCACAAGAAGAUUAAUAUCUCAAAUUCACGUGUUGCAUGGGAGCAUGAGCAAUUUUCCAGGGUAAGAGUCACUGCUCUCACUCUUUCAGAACUUUCAGUUGCACCUGAAUUACUACAUAACACAGGAGGACUGUCUGAUUCAAGGGAUUCAGUGGAUGAUACAGCAAUCCAGAAGAGCAUCAAGUUAGUUGCUGAGAGUCUUGGGAGGCAUAUCUAUGGGUAUCACGGGAGAAAUGUUCAAAUUUUUGCCGACAAUAGUAGUUUGGCAUUGAAUCCAUUCUAUGUUAAAUCGUGGUUGGAUCUUUUAUCCCAAACACCUCGAGUAGCACCCUUUCUCUCAAAGAAUGAUGCAAUUGUCUCUGCUUUGAAAAAGGAAUUGGCUGAUCAUACGGAUGAAGUGAAUGUGUAUCAUGAGACUAUUGAUGGGAUGUUCACUUUCUAUGAUUCUACGCGCUCCACACUUAGCAUAUACCAGGUCACAAGUGUUGGUUUUGAUUUUGUUAUGCUCGCGAUAAUUGGCCUUUAUCUGAUCGUCCUUUUUACUGUUCUGGUCAUCGCAACACGAGGUUUCGAUGAACUCCUACUUAUGAUUCGACGUCCUCCAACUCGCAAGUCCAAAGCAGCAUGAGCAUGAGUCGCAUUUUGUUAACUUAUCAGCAAGACUAACACAGCCGAAGAGAAUUAAUCUCUCAAUGGACGAUGUAUUGUUAUUGAAUUAUUUUAGCCGUGUACGAGUUUAUGUUAUUUUUAGCGAUCGAAUUCAGUUGGAAAUUUUGGUGCUAUUGUUUUAAUUAUGUUUCCUUAAUAAGAUCGAUUAGCUGUAAAAGCUUCUAUUAUCAGCAAGGUUAUUGGAAAA